UCUGCGGCCCCACAGCACAGCCUAUGGACCUAUGGCGGAGCGACGCCUGUGGGCUGUGGCCCUCCCUGGGCCGCCAUUGUCGUGCUUGUGCCUGCCAAGCUUUUUCUCUACGUGACUCUUUUGCUUCACCUAGCUGGCAGAGCGAGACCAGUGGGGAACUCCCUGUUCAGGUCUCCGUCUCCCUACACUCAGGCAACGUCCUUGGCUCGCCGGUCUCUGCCACCAGCCUGGAGAGGACGGACCUGAGCUCCGGGGCCUAGCACAGGAGGGGAGAACCACUGCUACCUUCCAGUCCUGGACGCUUCUGUUAGCCAGAUUAGCCCUCGGUCCCCAAACAGUGCACCUGCCGGAGGUCCCAAGCCAGCGGGAGAAGUGGACAUGAGGUUGGCAGGCCCCCUGCGCAUCGUGGCCCUAAUCAUCAUUAUGGGUCUCACCUGGAUCCUAGUCACAAUCCUCCUGGGUGGUCCUGGUAGUGGCCUUCCUCGAAUUCAGCAAUUCUUCACCAGCCCAGAGAACUCAGUGACUGCAGAACCAAGGGCCAGGAAGUACAAGUGUGGCCUGCCCCAGCCAUGUCCUGAGGAGCACCUGGCCUUUCGCAUAGUCAGCGGGGCUGCCAAUGUCAUCGGGCCCAAGAUCUGCCUCGAGGACAAGAUGCUCAUGAGCAGCAUCAAGGACAAUGUGGGCCGUGGGCUGAAUAUCGCCCUGGUGAAUGGGGUCAGCGGUGAGCUCCUAGAAGCCAGAGCCUUUGACAUGUGGGCUGGAGAUGUCAAUGAUCUCUUGAAGUUCAUCCGGCCAUUACAUGAAGGUACCCUGGUGUUCGUGGCAUCCUAUGAUGAUCCAGCUACCAAGAUGAAUGAAGAGACCAGGAAGCUUUUUUCUGAGCUGGGCAGCAGGAACGCCAAGGAGCUAUCCUUCCGUGACAGCUGGGUGUUUGUGGGAGCCAAGGGUGUGCAGAACAAGAGCCCCUUUGAGCAGCAUAUGAAGAACAGUAAACACACCAACAAGUAUGAGGGCUGGCCAGAGGCCCUGGAGAUGGAAGGCUGUAUCCCUCGAAGGAGCAUGGCAGGCUAGUACAGCACAACCCUGGAACCAGACUGAAGGAGGCAACGUGGCACCAGUGGAGGGUGGAGGCCUUGCCCCAUGCUCUGGCAUGAGGCUACCCUGCCCUAAUACAUCAGGGCUUGAAAGUGGCCUCAAGGUCAUAGGGGCCGCAGGGCUGGCCCGUUUCACUUUGUCAUGGAGCUUAGGUACCUGUGUCCUUGUUUUCCUAAAGCUGCUCCAACUGUCACUUCAUACCAAGCCCUUUCCUCUGUCCCUCCUGUGUCACCUUCUAUUUCUUGAGUGCUCCCAGAGACAAGGGUCUUCAGUGCUUGCCCCUCUCAUUAAAGCAGCCAUCCCGUAGGUUGGGAUAUCUUCCAGAAACUCUCCCUCCCUCCCAAAGGCACUUCACUACCAUCCAACCCUGUUUUCAAUGUGAUCCAAAUUAGAGCUUAAUCAGAUCACUUCUGCAAGCCUAAAUGGAGGAAUCUGGCCUUUGGUGCCCAAGUAGCUAGAGUCCAAUCAAAGUUCCUCACAAAGUGUAUGACUGUAUGCAAUUUGUCAGAGGGCUCACCUUCUAAAUGACCUGUUUGUUAAUAAAAUAAUCACUCUCGGUAGAAUAAA